GAGUUCGAUUUUGUAAGCAGAUUAGAAGAGAAAAGAAAGAAAAGAAAAUGGGUUUGAGAUCGAAAAUGUUUGUUAUGGUGAUGGUUAUUGGUGCUUUGGGAUCUGCUCCAUUGAUGGUGGAAUCUCAGCUGUUGGUUAACCCUCUUGUCACGAUCAAUGGAUCUCUUACUGGCAUUCCCGGUGGCAGCCUUGUAGGCAUCCCUGUCUCAAAUGCAACAGUGGAAUUGGAUUGCAACGGGACUGUUUUGUCAACUACAACAACGAACAGCAUGGGAUCCUUUCUCCUGUCAUCGUCAUUGAAUAAUCCUACCCAAAUCAAUGGUCUCUUGAAUGGUUGUGCCGCUGUCGUUAGCACGCCGUUGUCAGUCUUCAACCCGAUAGAUCUUGAAUCUUUUGGAACUUUCAGGUUCAGUACGAACAUAAGGAUAGUGGAUAAUGGUGAUGACUAACUGAACCAGGUUCCUGCCAUUUCCAGUAACGUGGGCUAAAUAUAUAUUUACAAAAGAGGAUGAUGGAGAAUAUCAAUUAUAGUAUUUUACUACUUUCGUCUGAUAAAAUUGUACCUUGACUUAUCUCUCUAAGUAAUUUAAUAUCUAAUAAUAUAACUACUUUUAGUUUA